GAGUUGAUUAAUUAAUUUAUCAAUGGAAAAUAAAAGCUUAGUCCAAUUGAGGCGAGGGUUUUGAAUAGGGUUUAGGAAUUAGAGACACCGCCAAAAUCAUUUUCAUCUAAGUUCUUCAAUUUCAAACUUGUUUAUUCGAUUCCGGAAGAAACAAAACCAUGUGGUAUCUCUGCGUUUUCUUUCACAGAUAUUUGGAUUACAGAAAACCCGAAGUUGAAUCUUUAGCACAACUAUUUGGAGCUUUCAAAGACAACCAAAACGAUGUCGUUCAUCCCCAAUUGCAAUGGAAACUCCCUCUUCAUCACCACCCAGAUUCUCCUUUCCAUUUAGUUAAUCUCCCUUCUGAAGAAAUUGCUCGCAACAUUGCUAAUCGAAGUAUACUUGUGAAGGGAAUGUAUGAGCUAUGGGGUGAAGGGGGUAGCUAUGAGGAGUUGAAGGAAUCUAUAUUGAGUUAUCCAGAUGAGAGAAAAUUGCCAUACUUGGAUUCUAACAGCACUUUCAGGAUUACUGUUGAUACCUUUGGGAAGGUUAUUAGUCUACAGGAGCAAAAGGAACUCAUUCAAGGGUUCACAUAUAUCCCUUUCAAGGGAAAAGUAAAUUUGAGAAACCCGGAUCACAACUUCUGGCUAAUAGAAAUUGAUAAUAGUGAAGGUAAUAACGGUCUUCCUCCAGUUGUCCAAAAGACAAUGUUCUUUGGUCGUGAAGUUGGUGUUUCUGAUAGGAAGCUUAUACCGACAUACGAGUUGAAAAGCCGUACUUAUCUUGGGCCAACAGCCAUGGAUGCUGAGAUAGCUUUUCUAAUGGCCAACCAAGCACUGGCUACACCUGGUAAACUAGUUUAUGACCCUUUUGUUGGAACCGGAAGUAUUCUUGUUGCAGCAGCUCAUUUUGGAGCAAUGACCAUGGGUGCUGACAUUGACAUUAGGGUAGUACGUGAUGGACGUGGUCCUGACCGUAAUGUUUGGAGUAAUUUUAAGCAGUAUGGAUUGGAAAUGCCUGUUGGUCUUUUAAGGGCUGAUAACAACCUUCCUCCCUGGCGUCCUGGGCUGAAAGAGGUAUUUGAUGCGAUCAUAUGUGACCCUCCCUACGGAGUGCGAGCUGGGGGACGCAAAUCUGGUGGCAGGAAGCUACUUAAGGGGGCGGUGGAACCUUACAUAGUUCCCGACGACAAAAGGACAGAUCACAUACCAUCAACUGCACCUUACAGUUUAGUUGAGUGUGUACACGAUUUGCUUGAUCUUGCUGCCAAGAUGCUUGUAAUGGGUGGCAGACUCGUGUUUUUCUAUCCCAUAUUGAGAGAAGAAGACUCUCCACAUAAUCAUUUCCCGGAGCAUCCAUGUUUUAAACUGAUUUCUUCUUCUGAGCAGAUCCUCAGUUCACGAUAUUGCAGGGUAUUACUUACAAUGGUUAAGAUAAGUCCGUACACGGAGGAAAUACAUUUGGCAGCUAGGUUACAACACCUUGAGUUUAAGGAGAACCAUGUAAAGUGGUUAGAAGAAGGUAAUCUUCAUUCUGCAGUUUUUAGUCCAGCGGAUGCUCAGUUAAAGGAGGCAGGCGAUUACAAGAGUAAGGAUUCAAAACUUAAAUACAGAGGAAAAUACGUUUAGAUUUCACAAAGUAGAUGCUUAUGUCCCUUAACCAUUACUGUAGCCAGACGGUGUACGUUUCUAUGUCCAUGAGGAUGAUAACUUUUCACUAUACAGAGGCCAAUGUACCCAUAUGCCUCCCUCCUUUUUUCAAUUUAGUGAUAUUUUUGUUUAAUUUGUUAGAUGUAUCUUUUUAUUCUCUUGUAUUUAAUUUGAUGGGGUUGAUACAUUCCUAUUUUCCAUAGUUAUGCUAGCGUUUACUUCACUAGUAUAAUUUGACUGUCCUAUUUUGAUAAGCUCUGCCUCUCAAACAUUAAUUUGAUUACUCUGGUCAA